AUGUCAAAGAACACUUCGACGGCUUCCAAAUCUCAAAACACUCAGAAUAUAUCUGAUGCAAAGACUGAUGCGGAGAAGACGUGGGAUGACAUUCUGGACGUGGUGAAAUCAACACCCACCAUGGUUUUCUCUGUGAUCGGGGACUCUGAUAGCUUCGUCCCCAGACCCUGGCCGAAAACUGUUUUCCAAACGGCGUUGAUUGAAGCAGCAAAGAGUGGAGGAGAAACCUGGAUUUUGUACCGAGGGAAUAAGCAAGGAGUAUCAAAGGUAGUCACAGACGCCUACAAACAUUACGGGAACAUGGAGUUUAAAACUGAGCAUAAAGACAUUGGUCAUCAGGACCGACACAUCAAACUUGUCAGUAUCGAUGGGAAAGAGACAAUUCAGCUGUCAGCAGAGGAAAGAAAAAAGGCAUACAUAUACAAAGCUAUACAUGGGAAAGGAGAAGGAUCCAAAUUCCUUAUCAGUUUUGAAUCAUUCGUUUCGGAGCAAGAAGUGUCAUUUUUUAGCCAGAAAAUGGAAAGCAAAAUGCCAAUUCCCAUUGCUAUAAUUCUAUGUGAGGGAGACAUCGAUGACAUUGCUCACGUAAAUGAGGCACUCCAAAGAAAACUACCUGUCAUUGUCAUGAAGGGAUCGGGAAAGGCUGCUGACUUGGUGUCUGCCUAUCUGGAAAAUCCAAAUGAUCUUCGUAAAAAAGCUAGUGUUUUAUUUGGUAUUCGGUUUGAUGGAGAGCAAUAUACUGAAUUGAUACAACAUAUGGAAUCCAUAAAAGAAAAAAGCGAUUUAGUUGGUGUAUUUGACCUUCACAACAAUGACCCACUAAUGUUGUCCAAUGUCGUAGGAGAGGCAGUAGUUAGUUGCUGGUCAAUCGAAAAACUGUUGCCCGAUCCCGAAGUAAAACCCGUAAAGAACAAAAAGGAAAAACCGGGCACAGUAUCGACUGGCAAAGAAAAAACCACAGAUAACCAGACAAUCAAGGACAUUUCACUCGCCUGGAAUUUUCUGCGCAAAAAUUCCAUCAGUCCAACAGAACAAACUAUCUACGAACUCUUAGAAGGUUUCAAAAAAGACAUAAGACCAUACGUACUGAAUCCAAAGUUUUCAGCCCCUACAUCGCUUCCGUUAUAUUUCUUUUUCGGAUAUCAGCUUUUUCAAGAAUCAGAGAGUCUAGAGAGAUGUGGUCCUAUUCUCCUUUUGGAGGCACUAAAAGCCAAUCGAUGCGACUACGUGAGAGUUUUGUUAGAUCAAGGAGUAAGCUUUGAUAUGAAUUAUUUACCCGAGUUAUAUGCACAGACCGUCUCCUGUGAGGGCUGUGAGUUUAAAAAGCAUGAUUGUCUGCAUAUGCAGUGGAUUUUAAAGCAAAUAAACGAGAAACACGCAGAAAGACUAUGCCACGUCUACAUUUGUGUGAAUGACAAUUCAAAUGCAACAGAAAAACAUCCUGAUUGUAAAGAUGGUCAUAAGAUGACAAUAAAUUUUUACAAGUCUGUCGCACACGCAGCAAGACUGUUGUGCUGUGAAAUUCUACGAUAUCAAGGAAAAAGUGAUGAUAUAGAGGACGAUGAUACGGAUGAGCGUAUUUCUGAUCUCUUACUGUGGACAAUAUUUGCCAAUAGAAAGGAACUUGCUGAAAUAUUUUGGCUUAAAAGCAAAAACCAUCUUUUGACAGGCCUAAUCUGUGCGGCAAUUCUUCAAAAGCUCUCAAAGAAAGCCGACAAUGUCAAAGAACAAAUAUUAUCAAAUGAACUUGAGAACCAUUCAAAAUUGUUUGAACAACGUUGUAUCAGCAUCAUGGACAUAAUGUUCGAAGAGGACACACGAAAUGCAAUUGAUUUGAUGGAUGACGAGGCAACUAUCUGGGGAAUUCAUUCCAGCCCAUUAACUUUUGCUUAUGAAAAUUUUAUGUAUGAUGUCGUAGCCCACACCUGCUCUCAGAAGAACAUGAACAAACAGUGGUACAACACCUUGGCACCAGAUCUAAAACCAUUCAUGAUGUCUGCGAUCAGCAAGCCAAAAUUAUUUUUUACUGCGCCUUUGACGAAAUAUGUAUUUAAUUACAUGAUGUUUUUUACAAUGUUGGUGAUGUACAGUGCAUUUGUUCUGACAAGUAUUAGCACUAAAUACUACGUUUUAGACAUUGCACGAGUAUUUGAAUACUAUGUUUACUUCUGGGGAGCUGGAGAUUUCAUCGAAGAACUCAUCAGCUGUUUUGGCUGUUUGGAGACAAGAGGUCGCUCCCACAGAAACUACUGGUCACGAAUGAAGAGAUACCUUUACGACUUCUGGAAUCUGGUAGAUCUGCUUUCAUACGCAUUGCUCAUUGCGGCACUGUUCGUUCGGCAUUUUUAUAUCGAUGAGACAUUCACUAUUGCCAGGCGAAUGUUCGCUCUGUCCUUGCUAGUUAUGUAUCUUAGAUUCUUGGAAGUAUUUCUCAUUCACAGAAAAAUGGGACCCACUCUUAUCAUGAUAAAAGAGAUGCUUAAAGAUUUGUUAGGUUUCUUAAUCUUGGCUGUAUUUGUGGUGUUGGGAGUUGGAAUUUACUACCAUGCUAACAUUUGGCCGGAUCACCAAACAAUAUGGAACGGAGAUUGGACUAACUGGAGAAUUUGGACAAUUAUUUACUACCCGUACUGGCAGCUCUACGCUGAGCUUAACCUUGAAUCUCUAGACGGUAGCGACCAAUCAGAUUGCACCAAUAUAACCUCUAUUUGGGAAGCUGACCCCUCUAUUAACCGUUGUCCCCAAGAGGACUGGACAGUACAGGCAGUAGCAGCCAUCUACCUUUUGUUCUCGAACCUAUUAUUGGUCAACCUUGUUAUUGCUAUGUUCAGCUAUACAUUUGAGAGAGUACAAGAAAAUUCGGAAAAAUUAUGGCGCUUUGAGCGGUACACUGUAAUCAAUGACUAUGACUGGCGGAUUCCGUCACCCAUCAACCUGAUUUUUCUCCCCUAUCGCUUCAUUGUACGUCCAGGAAUAUGUUGCCUUAAGGAUGACAAUGAUAGUAAGGAUCAUUUAAUUAAGGAAUACCGGCAGAACUUUCAGGAAGUAACAGCGCUAAGAAUUCUUGACAAACUUUAAAAAAGUGACUGAAAAAGUGUUGUUAUCUUAAAUAUUUGUUGACAAGUUUUAUCAUACUGUACAUGUAGCAUGAUAAAUAUUAAAGUUAUAUAGUUACAUAUCCAAUAUCUAAUUUAUUACGAUAAUAACAAUAUCAUUUGUAUCCUUCUUUUGUUAUUCUUGUACAGUUUAUCGGGUUUAAUUCUUUUGACUGUUAUCCGUAUCUCCUGAUUUGUUUUAGCACGUGCACUUGUGUUUUCAUCUGUUUACAAUAUUAUCCUUAUCACUGUGAUUUCUAUAGUUCUAAAGUAGACGUAUUACAAGAAGACUAUGCAUCUUAAUUAAUUUCUAUCAGUUGAUUGUCUACAUGUGAGAUCGCGGGAUAUCUGAGUCAUAUUUUUAAAAAAAUUACAUACCCAGGAACAAUGAAUAAACAAUGACUCUAAUUUAUGAUUUCAUACCACUAGUUCCGGUUUCAUUAACAAAGCAUCAGUGUAUUAAGUAAUUAUGAUACUAUCUUUCAUUUUACAAGUUCUCAAAUAAAAAGAACAAUAUUGAUUAAUAAAUUGUUAGAAAAAAUCAAUCAAUCUUUUAGUUGACGAAAGUGUAAAUGUGUGCAAGUCAGAAUAAAAAGACGGAGGGUUGGACUUAGAGAUCACCAGGUAGAUGCCAGGCAUAAUAGAAAAAGUAUGAUGUCGAUAUUAUAACCGAGUAAUUCGGAAUGAAGGGGAUUAAAAUAUUCCAAUUACAACAUGCUAAUUCUGUUGCGAACUGAAUUUUGAGUCGGGUUUUAAAAUUGACUCGAUGGUCAUUUUUUUAACAUUUGACUUUGAAAACAAAUAUAUUGAAUUUAUGUUUGUUGUAGUCUUAACAGUAUCAGGAGUUAAAAUCGCUAUCCACUGCACCGUAUGUGUAUUCAAAGAAAAAAAUAUAAAAUAAAAAUCGUAAUGCGACAUAUAAACAGGGAGAGAAUAUCACAAGGAUUUAAUCCAAAUGAUCAUUUAAAAAAUAUAUAGAAUGCAUAGGACAACCGACUAACAUUUACUAACUAAACGCUACUAGUACUGCCAUCUAUGACCGGAAUGUAAAAUAAUGAUAAACUCUAACAGAACAAUGCAUCUACUGGACUAUAACACCAUCAACUGAGAACAGAGAAAACCUCCAAUCUCAAAAUAAAAGAACGCAAAUUCAACAUAUUUUUAAUUCUGAAAAGAGAUAUGUAAAUAUUUUGAAUUUACUUGGAGGGUGUAAAUUUAAAAUUUACAACAUGAUAAGUUGUUAAGUUGUAAGGUUAGUAUAUACACCGUUUACACCGUUUACACGAAUUUUAGUCCAAUUCACGCAACUUGCACUUAUUCUUACAGCGAUUCUUGCAGAUAGCUCACAGUUGAUGUUAAAGAUAUAAUGUUUCAUUGUAUUUCCUCCAUCAUUUCUGUGGAUAGAACAUUGUCCCCCACCCCUCCAUCUUUUUUCUCCGUGAAGGUGUACUUAUUUUACUGUAAUACAGUUUUUCAAAUGCGUCUCUAUGCUGUACAAUAAAGUAUCAGGAAACACAUUUGUGAAACUGUACAGAAUAUAUCACAAAUCACACACUUUAUAAAUAAUCCGAUCAUGCAAUACAAAAGUAACUAAAAUUCCGUCUGUCUCUGA